GGACAAGCACCCUGCCAUGCUACCAGGGGAGAUGAAGAGUACCGUAAUUACAUUAAUUACAUACAGUAACAAUUGAUGAAAAGCAGCUGACUCAUUCAUUCCGGAACGGAGCAAGUGGGGGUCCGAGACUCGUCAAACCCACAAAAAUCAAAUCUCUACGAAGUCAUUUUUGUCCCGCCGCAUCUUCACUCCCCAUCCACAUCCUCUACCCCCCAGCCUUACUUCAAGUUUCCGGCCGGAGCGCAAUAUCAGCAACGAUGGCCCCCAAGAGCAAGAAGUCCGGUGAUACCAUCAACUCGCGCCUGGCGCUUGUGAUGAAGUCCGGCAAGGUCACCCUUGGCUACAAGUCGACUAUCAAGACCCUGCGUUCCGGCAAGGCUAAGCUGGUCAUCAUCGCGGCCAACACUCCCCCUCUCCGCAAGAGUGAGCUUGAGUACUACGCCAUGCUCGCCAAGGCUCCCGUGCACCACUUCGCUGGCAACAACAUCGAGCUGGGCACUGCCUGCGGUAAGCUCUUCCGCACCAGCACCAUGACCGUGCUGGAUGCUGGUGACUCCGACAUCUUGACCAGCCAGUAAGGGUGACGCUGGAUGGGUUCAUGUUGUGGAUGUCAAUCUUACGGGACUGGUAGAAAUGACAUGAAUGGUCACUUGAAA